AUGCCUUCCGGAAGUUGUUUCUGCGGAAACAUCAAGGUCGAGUACUCUGGCGAGCCGGCCAUGACGGCGCUCUGCCACUGCGCCGACUGCCGCAAGAUCGGUGGGGCCAACUACAGCAACAACAUCGUGGUACCCGUGGCGAACUUCAAGAUCCUGAGCGGCAAGCCGAAGGAGAUCUCCAAGACGGCGGACUCGGGCAAGUCCAUCACCAGCUCCUUCUGCGGCGACUGCGGCACCACGCUGUGGCGGCACGGCGACGCCUUCGGCGGCGUCGACGGCAUGCGCAUCAUCAAGGCGGGCAUCCUCGACGACGUCAACGUCAUCAACAGCAUCAAGCCCGGCGCUGAGCUGUUCGCGCCUGGACGCGUCAGCUGGGUGCCGGCCGUCGAGGGCGCGGGCCAGGUCGAUGCUAUGCCGCCUUCUUAG